UCAAUCCUCACCAGAAAUAGUCAUUUUUACUCUCUCUCUCGCGUUGUUCUCAGGCAGCUCCAUAUUUUUCUCUCCGAAUUUCAUAAGAAAUACUCGCUUUCUCUCUCUAGGAUCUCAUCAAAUCUGCCGUUCUCAGGUGUCAAAAACAGUAACGAGAAAUGGGGUUGACAUUCACGAAGCUUUUCAGUCGGCUUUUUGCCAAGAAGGAGAUGCGCAUUCUGAUGGUUGGUCUCGAUGCGGCUGGUAAGACCACCAUCUUGUACAAGCUCAAGCUUGGAGAGAUUGUCACUACUAUCCCUACCAUCGGAUUCAAUGUGGAGACUGUUGAGUACAAGAACAUUAGCUUCACUGUUUGGGAUGUCGGGGGUCAAGACAAGAUCCGUCCACUAUGGAGGCACUACUUCCAGAACACCCAGGGUCUCAUAUUCGUGGUGGAUAGCAACGAUAGAGACCGUGUUGUUGAGGCGAGGGAUGAAUUGCACAGAAUGUUGAAUGAGGAUGAGCUGAGAGAUGCAGUACUGCUUGUAUUCGCAAACAAACAGGAUCUUCCUAACGCAAUGAAUGCUGCUGAAAUAACCGACAAACUUGGCCUGCACUCACUCAGGCAGCGCCACUGGUAUAUUCAGAGCACCUGCGCCACAUCUGGAGAGGGUCUGUACGAGGGGCUCGAUUGGCUCUCGAACAACAUUGCUAACAAGGCUUAAAAGCUUUUUCGGAGAGCUAAUCUGGGAUGCCACCGACUUUUUCACCCAGCCUUUUGGCAAUGUAAUAUUUCUUUACAAUAUUUUUUUGCUAUGUUUAGGAGGACCCUUUGAAAAUGUCUGUUUAACAAAGGAUUAUUUGUUUCAUAAAUUUCGAAAAUAUUUGCUUAGUUGAAUGUAAUACACAAUCGUUGGUUUUUGGAUUUUGUCCUUUUCGUUUGCCGAUGCACAUUUAUUUUAACAUGUAAGUUCUUGAUUU